CCUGAUUAUAUCGAGUACUGUGAGAUCUGCGCAAACAAAAAAAACCCUCUCACCCCCGAUAGCCUCCACAGUCCGAGAAAACCCUCGAGAAAGUGAGAGAAAAAAUUUUCCCGGCAGCCAAACACUCCCUUCUGGGUUUCUCUCCAUCUAUCUUUCCCUCCCAGAUACGAUCUUUGUUUAUUCUUUCGGAACUUUUUUUGUUUUUGCUGUCGAAGAAGAAAGAUGCGGAUCAGGAAGAACGCCAAGGUCUCUCCCCUUCUGUUCACCUCGCACGCUCCAGCUGCCGGGGACCUCCAUCCGCACGUGUGCCAGCUCAACCGGAACCCCUGGGAUGUUAUUCCUUUUGGACCGGAGUCCGACCAGUGGGAUGUCGAAGAGAGCUUUUACGGUGGGAGCCUCGGUGAUUCAAUCGGAGCUGUCGAGAGCGUGGCGUCGAUGAGGGAUGCCACGGAGGAAAGACGCUUGGAAAUGAUAGAAGAGCCCGUGGCGGAGGAUGUCGAAUUCGAAAAGGAUUCGAAUAAGGCGGAGGGCGAGAUGGAGGUGGAAGAAGGGAGGAUGGGCAGCAUGUGCUGCCAACGGAACGACGGCCGUGGGUGGCAAUGCAAGAAAAAAGCCAAGCAAGGGCAGUCCUUCUGCAACCACCACCUCUCCCUACUUCGAUCGAACUACAUUGUCAAGGCCAACGGGAAUGUAAACAGUAGGGAUAAUGGAAAUAAUCACAACAUUUCUUCGAAUAAGGAUCCCGCCGCAGUGAACGGGGUGGUUCAGCUGGAAAACGGGGGCCGCCGCCGCCGGAAGAAGGCGAAGAAGGAAUCCGCCUCUAACCCCUACGAGUUCUAUUACUAUUCGGGGUUUGGCCCGUGUCGGAACCGGAAGAGAGGCUGCGAUAAAGAAAAGGAAGAGACCAAGGCCGAGGGUGAAAUUGCUACUAAUACUAGCUCUGCUACUCCUCCUCCUCCUCCUCCUCCUCCUCAUGAGGGCGGUCCUCGCUCACCCUUGUCUCCAAUUGCGAAUGGGGAAUUCAAUUAUGACGACGAGGAUGAUGAUGAUGAGCUCGACGGCAGCGGCGAGAGCGGGAGGAGGCGGAUGAGGAAGCCGGUGAAGGAGAGAUCGCUCAAGUCCCUGAUGUGAGGCAGCUGAAGGAAUUCUGUGGAUUAUCGUUUUCUAGUUUCGGAGGAGGAGGGUGUUAGGGUUAAGAAAUUUUAGAGGUUAUUUUGUCUCACAGAAUGUAGUGUUUUCUCGCGGGUGAGCCUAGUGUGCCUCUCCUGAACAUGACAGAAACGAGAGGGGUAUCGUUAGGGUGUGAGUGACAUGUACCGAAAAGACUGUGUGAGUCCAUGUUCAAAAUUGUAAGGGUAGUUUCGUAAUUUAAUAGCUGCGUUGUUAUUC